AUGUCUUCUUCAAAGAUGAUUGUUUUGAAGAGCUCCGAUGGAGAGACUUUCGAGGUGGAAGAGUCUGUGGCUUUGGAAUCUCAGGCCAUCAAGCACCUGAUCGAGGGCGAUUGCGCCAACACUAUCAUCCCUCUUCCUAAUGUGACCGGCAGGAUCUCAGCUAAGGUGAUUGAGAACUGUAAGCGCCAUGUUGAUGUAGCUUCUUCUAAGACAGACGACAAAGCCUGUGAGGAUGAUCUUAAGAACUUUGAUGCUGAAUUUGUCAAAGUUGACGAAGACACUCUCUUUGAUCUUAUUCUAGCUGCUAACUAUUUGAACAUAAAAAGCUUGCUUGAUCUCACUUGUCAAACUGUGGCAGACAUGAUAAAAGGGAAGACUCCAGAGGAGAUCUGCAAGACCUUCAACAUCAGGAAUGACUACACACCGGAGGAGGUUAGGAGGGAGAAUGCUUGGGCAUUUGAGUGAAGUUAACAUUUUUUAAGUCCAUAUUUUUGUGAUAGAGUAGAUUUGCAAGAUACAUUAGUAGAUGCUAUAUGAACAUUCUUUAUAUUAGUAGUAAAUAUGUUCCUAUCAUUUGCUUUGGAACCUUUAUACUAUGCUGUUCUUCUUAAUUUUUGCUUUGGAAUCUUUGACUUCAUUGUUCAAUGAAGACAUUAAUCCUUAAAGCAAAAAACUAAUCUAAAAGUUGGAAACAAGUGGACCAAAAAAAUCGCAAGUGUAUAGGUGCAAACACAUAUAAUACAAGAGGAAGAAACUUUUCUCUAAAAGAUUGAGAAAAGUGAAAAAAAAAAAUGGUGAGAAAUGCGUCAAUAAUUGAUGAUUGACGAAAAGUGUUUCAACAAUUGAAAAUUAAUAUUGAUGAGAAGUGGAUCAACCUUUAACUAUAAUC